CCAGACCAAAUACUAAAGAACUAUAUGAGAAAUGAGAGAGAAUUCGAUUAAUUCUCAUAGUUUGUGCUUAAAUUAAUAAAUAAUAGUACAUUUCUUUACUGACUGAUAUGCAUAUCAAGUAAUGUUCACCUCCUAGUUUUCCUGGCCGAAAUAUAAAAUUACAGAUGUUGAAGCUUUACUAAAAUGUUGACUGCCCAGGCAGUGUUUUGCAAAGAGUCACUCCAUCCAAAAGAUCCAAAGCACCCGCCGGAAAUAUCCUAUUACAGAACAAGAGGUGCAGGCUCAGUUAUCAAGCCCUCAAGCAAUGGCUGCACUGAACAUAGGCUUAACAUUAGAGACCGUCAAGCGUGCUAUUCGGGAGAAGUUAGAACAAACUGGCAUUGGAUAUUCGCAAGCGGACGCUUUGGUUGAAGCGGCCCUCAAUAUUCAACAUGAACAUGUUGCAGAACAUGACCAAGAUGCAUUAGAACCUAAUUUCCACGUAGACUGCGCCGUGCGGGAGGCUAUAGCCCCUGUUAAACCCUCGGAGUGUCAUAAUGUUCCUGUAGAUGUAGCAAAUGAAAUGACAGAGCAGGUGGUCGAGGAAUCUGUCAGGCCUAUUCCUUCAGCAAAGAAAACAUUGACCUUAGAAGAGGAAAAUAGACUUCUAAAAGAAGCAAGGCUGUGUAAGAUUUGUAUGGAUGCUGAAGUUGGUAUAGUGUUUUUACCAUGUGGACAUCUAGUUACUUGUGUAAAUUGUGCGCCAAAUCUUGAAGAUUGCCCUGUUUGUAGAUCUGCUAUAAAAGCUUCAGUCAGGACCUUCCUGGCAUAACAUUAAUAAGUAAAAGUUUUAAUUCAUGUUUGAAAAUGAUCACAUUUCAAAAUCUCUAUGUGGAAUGAGUCGCGAUAUUAAAAACAGUUAAUGUGUGGGUGCUACAUUGGAAUCCAAGUAUCGCUUUUUCUUCUUCUAAAGUUAAAAAAUGUGAUAUUCUGCAACAACCAUAAAAAUAUGUAACGGUAUACAACUAUGGAACUUAGAAACUUAAUCUGCCAUCUCACUGAUGAUCGAUGUUAUAAUUUACUACUAUUUAACACGUGUGCAGUGUGACCUUCUACUGAUUUGAUUUUCAUUGCUAAUCUUUUAUACUGAUUUAACAAAAGUUUUAUCACUACGUUUACACGUCCGCUAUAUGGCCUAAAAUAGUUAAAACGGUUUAUUGUAAAUCGAUUUUGUUAUAAUAAUUCACACAAUUGAAGUGGUGUAUAUCUUUUUGGAUCAUGUGAACUACGUAGCAGCAGUAUUGCUAAGGGCUAGUCCUACACACAACUUUCAAGUUGUCUUGCAAGUUUUGUAAUUCAUACUUUAUAGUAUACUAGUCUAGACCCGCGGCUCCGCUCGCGUAGAAGUAGUGUAAAGUAUAGGCCAUCCAUUUUGCAUUAGUGUGAAGGAGAAGGGUUUCAGAGGAAGAAAUACAAUACUCAAUGAAAUCCAGUAACUACUUUGGCAAUUAACUAAAAUGUAUUAAAUAUCCAUACUAGCCUCUGACCGCUUGAAUCUGCAGGUAUCUGUUUUUUUAUGAAACUUGUUAUUUAUGAAUGAUAAAUAAUAGUAGAAUAGAUAACAGCAUGGUUGCCUGGUCACAUUUCAUGAAGCCAUAUUUUGUUCCUAUGGACUUACUUUUUCAGUUGUUUGAACAAGUUAUCAGGGUGGUCAUAACGCAAAAUGGACAAUUUCUCAAAAAAAAAAAUAGAUGUGCAUUUUCACACUCCUUGAUUCUCUUUACCAUAAGCUUUUUUUUGAUAUAAUGCUUUAGGUGUUUUGUAAUAAAGCGUUAAUUUCCGAUCACGUUUCGGGUCUUUACUUCCGCGGGACAAAAUGGUGGUACAUUCAUAUUUAUCAAUUUUUAUAACGUGCUAAACUCGAAACUUCAAAUUUUAAUAGAUAUUUUUUUAAAUUUCCUACUUUAUCACAUUUUCAGUAAUAUUUUUUUUAAACCUAAUUUCUUCAUAAUUUUGCAAAAUGGUCACAUGUUUAGAAAACAAAUCUGAAAACAUGCUGUCGCUGUUUAUAAGCAACGUCCAUAAUCGUGCUGCUACUGUUUUACUGCUCUUUGUCUUUGUUAUUCCAAACGUAGUUGUUUCUAGAAAGGAAAGUCACAACUUUCAGAACACCCUGUAUACUUUGAAAAGCUUAGCGCUUCAUAGAUGGCACUGUAGCCACAUAUAUGCUUGUAUAUGCUCAUAUAGGCAGCGCCAUCUAUGAAUUACUAUCAUACAUAGCAUACAUAAAAAUAGAGAAACAGCUGUUACAACUUCUCAUAGAUGACGGCUACAAUAUCUUAUUUUACUCGGAUAAUUUUCUAGGCUCAAGAAUAUGGCAUGAGGUUGGCUUUCUUCGGGUAGAAUAUGUUAAUUAAUGAUUGGAACACAUUUUUAACUACUAUUUAAAAACACGUAACCUAAGCCAUUACUGCCAGCGGGAGCUGGCAACCGCGCUCUUGCUAGCUUGACGCUGGCGGUGGAAUACUUAUCGCGAUAGAUUCCAUCGCAAAAUCGACCAUGAGUCCGCGGAUAAAACCAUGCCUACAACCUACAAGUGUACAAAUGUUUACGUCUCUCUCCGUAUUGUGGAUCAUGCGUGAUGCUGACAGACAGCAACAAAUAACAAUUAGGAGAAAAAAUAGUUACUAAGUCGGCGAGAUUGUUGCUGAAAUUGUUUUUAAACAACAGUGAACGAACAGUCGACGAAUAGAAAUAGAUCUUCGAAAGCUAGAGCUUAAGUUAUAAGAGUGUACUUCUGCAAUACUUUGCCUUCUACCCAAAGAAAUUCAAGGAUAUUUUCUCCUAACAUUUAAGGCAAUUAACUAUGAAUAAUAAUAUAUACGUAUUAUAUAUAUACGUAAUAUAUAUUUUCAUAGUUAAUUGCCUUAAAUGUUAGGAGAAAAUAUCCUUGAAUUU